AUGGCUGACCGUAGGAGGAUCAAUGGGCCAGUCGGAACCACGACACCGCCGGUAUUUGUCCAUGCACCUGCCAGGCCGAGACCCAGAGAGUCCGACUCUAUUCGCAAGAUCUACUUGAAAACCGGCAUAACUCCCUCAGCCUCUGGGUCAGCCUACCUCGAACUCGAAAGCCGCCCGGGUCACCCUCACAGAUCGAAUCUGAAGCUUUCAUGUACCGUACACGGCCCAAGGGCUCUCCCUCGAUCGGCGCCGUUUUCGCCUCAUAUCAUUCUGACUACGCAUGUCAAGUACGCUCCAUUUGCAACUAGGACACGGCGUGGAUACUUGAGGGACUCGAGCGAACGUGACUUGGGCGUACAUUUGGAGACUGCCUUGCGCGGUGCCAUCAUUGCAGAUCGAUGGCCAAAAAGUGGUGUUGACAUCAUUGUUACGAUAGUCGAAGGCGACCAAGAUCGCGACGCCCCCCACAACCAAGACGAUGAGAACUGGGAGAUGAUGAAUGUGUUGAGCGGCUGUAUUACCGUUGCCUCCGCAGCAAUCGCAGAUGCCGGCAUUGACUGCGUGGAUACUGUGGCUGGAGGUGUCGCGGCCCUGGUUUCCAAGAAGGACGGUCAAGUGCCGAGUAUCAUUGUGGACCCCAUCGUGGCUGAGAACCAAAAGAUCUUGGCCGCUUGCUGUGUGGCAUACCUGCCCUCACGAGACGAGGUGACGAAUUUAUGGUUCAAAGGACAGCUUCCUGGCGGCGAUUUCAUGGUUUACAACACUAUGCUCGAACGAAGUAUGGUGGCUAGCCGGAGCGCCAACAGAGUGAUAGUGCAAGCUCUGAGUGAAACGGCCAAGAAGGGGCAAGAAGCUACCUGA